AUCUCGUAGCUUCAACUUUACCAUUUUAGGUAAUCUCAUGUUCCAAGCUUUAAAUUUCGUGAAUAUAUGGACUCGGCCUGAAAAACUUACAGCCCAAAAUCGCUCUGAAAUUGUUUUAAUGGUGAAAUUCUAGGCUCUGAUUUCUGCCUUGCCAUAACUUGAAAAGAAGCCCAUUUAUCCACCAAUGUUGAAAAAGUUAUGGGCCUCAGCCUCAAAGAAAAUGCUGAAGAAAAAGAAAAGAAAUCGUUUUGCUCGGGGGGUUUUGGUUUUCAGAUCUCAGUAGCAGCACUGUACAGCUCUAGGCAAUUCAUUUCUUGUGAAAAUAAGGGAUACCCAUGGAGGUUUCCCCUGGUACCAGCUAUGAUCAAUUGUGGAUUCAUUUCUUAGUAGGAGUUACGAUGCCUAGACCAUCCUUAUUCUGAUUCAGAAGUUGCAUCUGCUGGUUGCUUGGGUUACAAUUCUGGACAAUUGUUUGGUCUUCUAGUGCUAGGGACAGCAAAAAAAAGCUAAUAUUCACAUUCAGUGAGAUUGACCAUAGAGUUAUAAUUAUUAAAGGACUGGUGAAAGUUAAUAGAGUAGUGAUGUGGGGGUGAAUGAAUCAAUUUUUGGUUCUUUACACUUAGGAUUCCUUGCCUUCAGUCUUAUUUAGCUAGAAACAACAUUUGUUUAACCAGAUAUUGCCACAACUAAUGGUAGUUUGCACUAAAUACUAAUAAAAUGUAGCUUACUUGUUAUAACUUCUGUUUAGGUUUUAAGGUAGUUUACUUAUGUGUGUGCCACUGUGGAUUAUAAUAUCUCUAUCACAAUUAGUAUUCAUUAAAAAUACAUAUUUUCUAGUUCAAGCAAACAUCUUUUACACUUCCAAUUUAUUUGUCACAGGGAUUUAUAGAUGUCUCUAAGUGGUUAUUUCUGAAACUGAGAAACUUUGUUUUGUUCAUAUUCUUUUCUUGGCAUUCUGUGUUGCUAUUAUGUCUAAAGAUACACACUGUGCUAGUGGCCAAUCAAGAGAGAGAUAUGUCCCUUGAUGCAAGGGCAUCAGAUAAACAUAAAAUUUUACCUAAGAAAGGAAGAGAUACUACUUUAUGUUUAUUGCUUGUUUUAGGCUUGACUGGUGUUAAUUAAUCUUGUCAAAAGGGUUUGUACCUUGGAUGUUCUCCCCUACUACUCGAGGCUUUUCUAAAAUAAUGUGUUAAGAAGGAUGGUAUGAUUUGGGAAAGAAAAUCUUAUAAGAAUCUCAAUUUGGCAAUUUGUCCUUAAGCAGUUGAUUGUUGUGCUUGUCAUAGGGCUUCUCUUGAAUGCAUUUGGUAUGGAGUGGCCAUUUUUUGCUUUCUUCAGGUGAAGCAAUUUACAAUAGCUAAAAGAGUGUAAAAAUGGAAAGAAGAAAUUGUAAUCUAUCAAGUUUCAUGUGCUAGUGCAUUCUUUGCUUCUCUCUCUUGAAUGGAAUGUUCUGCAGUACCACUCGGGGUUUUCCUAAAAUUGACCAGAAGACCUUGAAAGAAUCUCAUAGGCAAUCUUGACCUUUAGGAGCCGAUUGUCAUGUUUCUCAUGGAGCUUCGCUGGGAUGCAUUUGGUUCUACCAUGAAUUUCCAUUCGGGUAGAAAAGAUGCGCAGAAGCAUGCAGUUGAUAAAUCAUGCAUCUAUUGCAACAAAGUAUUUGACGACUAUCUAGCUCUUAGUGGCCACCUUAGGAUUCAUGAGGAGGAGACAUUGAGGGCCCUGAAUUUUCCUGGUCGUUCUAGUAAUUCCAUCGACAUUACUAGGAACCCUCCUGCUCCCCUGCCAAACACCCAACUGAGCUUGGCUAGUGUGAACAAUCUGACUCCAAUCACUAGAGCACCAACUCUAAUUGACUUCUGUGCAAUGUUCGGCUCAUGUGAUGCAAACCAGGCUAACAGGAGCAAAUCCACUGGCAGCAAUCUCGGAGAUGCCCAAACUCAGAUUGUCAUGUCUCCUAGUGGUGCAACUUUUCGCCAUAAUAGUUCAGCUUCGAAGACAUUUGCUCCAGUUGGUGCCAAUGCAGCCUUGUCUUCUGCUGCAUGUGCUUCAUCUGGUGGCAUUGUAGCGACUGGCCUUCCUACAGAUUCUUCAUCAUAUUUGCGCAAAUAUGAGGUUUGUCAGUUUAAUACUGAUGAAUUUCAGAUUAGCCAGGAUGGUCUGCCACCAGCCUCGAGAGAUGCCAUGCAGAAAACUCAAGGUUAUAAUCUGGGUCCGCCCCCAUCCUCAAACGUGGGUAAAGUUGGUCAAUCUGAGACAAUUUUGUUGAUGGGAGAAGGAAGCAAGAGGCCCUGCUUAGCUGACAAUCCAAUGACUGCUAGCUUAAUGAAUGCAUCUAAAAAACCUAAAAUUUCCCCCAAUGCACUUGAGGAACCAAAGAAGCUUCAGAUCAAGGAGCUUCCUCUUCUCAAGAAACUUGAAGAUUCACUAUCUGCUUUGGAAACUUGUGUUGGUGCUGAAGAGGAAGGUCCAGUGGAUUUAGAUCUGUCUCUGCAUCUGUAGAGUUAUGUGGUUCUAUCUAUGCUAAAUAAAUAGUACUAAAGCAAUAAGGGAAUUAUAUCUCUUGCCUUCCCCAUCCCCCAACAAAACUGAAAAAGAAUAAUUCUAAGUUUUAAUGUUGUUAUGUACUGUUGAACUAUUUUCAGUGUGCCUGUUCAGUUUGGUUAUAUUAUAUGAAGUUAUCUAUUAUGAAA